AUGGUUCGUAGCUUGAGCUAUCUGGCCCUGGCCAGUACCGCCUCAGCGGCCUUCACUGGUAACAUGAACUACUUUUCUCCUUCGAGGCACCACGCAUCACUUGGUGUAUCAAUAAGCAAAGUAGCCAAGAGGACCUACCCGAAUGCACCCUGGGAUCCGAGCAAGUUGAAUUUCACCCACGGUAUCGCUUCCGGCGACCCGUACGAUAAUAGCGUCAUCCUAUGGACGAGAGCAGCACCGUCUAGUGAUAACAACAAAAGCAACGUAACGGUGUCGGGUUAUGUUCCUCUCUACGACCAUUCGACUGACCAGUAUGUCGCGAAGAGUGACUCGCCCGUUUGCGUGGAUUGGAAGAUUGGUACCUCGGAUUCGCUGGAAGAUGUUGUAGACUCUGGGACUGCGUAUACUAGUUCUGACAUUGAUUAUACUGUUAAGGUUGAAGCCAAGAACUUGAAACCUUCUACCACGUAUUACUAUCAAUUCAAUGUGUGUAACUCGAAUAAUACUUCUCCCGUCGGCCGUACCAAGACAAUUCCUUCUGCGAAUGACGAAGUGACUGAGCCAGUGAGACUUGCUGUAUACUCUUGCAGCAAUUAUCCGUUUGGAUUCUUCAAUGCGUACGGUAACCCAGUCAGAAAAGAUUCCGUCGAUUAUGUGAUCCACCUCGGCGAUUACAUAUAUGAAUAUGGUAAUGGUGAAUAUGGUUGGGGUAAUUCCUUCGACCGAAUCCCACUCCCAGACCGACAGAUUUUCACUCUAUAUGAUUACCGAAAACGUAUCGCUACUUACAGAACUGAUCUGGACCUACUUGCGAACCACCAAAACUUCCCUUGGAUUCCCGUCUGGGAUGACCACGAGGUUGCUGAUAACACAUGGCGCGAUGGUUCCUCUGAAUUGAACAAUACCGAGGAUUCCUUCGUAAUGGAUGGUGGAGUGGCAGUUGACCAACGGAAGAUGAAUGCUGUCCGCGCAUAUUUUGAGUGGAUGCCUAUUAGACAGGUUGAUAUGGACGAUAACCUACGAAUAUGGCGCAACUUUAAGUUCGGCAACUUGUUUGAUCUAGUCAUGUUGGAUACUCGUCAAUACGAUCGAGGCAUUACUGAUUUAUACUGGAAUACCGAGUACCUGGGUGAGAUCUACAACGACGCCAGCCGCACCCUCAUGGGACCGCGUCAAGAAGCCUGGUUUUACCGAACCCUACGUGAAAGUUCCACUCGAGGAGCUACGUGGCGUGUCAUUGGCAACCAAAUCGUGUUUAGUCGAAUAAACGAAAGCAUAAGCUCAGGCGCGGAUCUACCAUUCAAUUAUGACCAAUGGGAUGGGUACCAAGCAAACCGAAACCGCACGUUCCAAACCAUUUACGAUAACAACAUUGGAAACAAUGUCUUCCUCGCCGGGGAUUCGCACGCCUCCUGGGUAUCUGACCUCGUCUGGCUCGAUGAGCACCCUUACGACCCGGCUACCGGGUCCGGAUCUGUAGGGGUUGAAUUUGCGGGGUCUGCAGUCAGCUCUCCAUCCCCAGCUGGGCAGAACAUCACCAUCGACGCUGCGAGGGCUGCUUCGGAGUGGUUGACAGCUGCGAACUCGGAGCUUCAAUGGCAAGAUCUUUACUACCGUGGGUACUACGAGCUUUACAUCACCCAUGAGAAAGUAGACGCUGCUUUCUUUGGUAUCCCGACGACUACCGUUCGUAACGGAUACGAGAUUCCCCUAGCGAAUUUUACGGUUAUCGCCGGUGAGAAUAGCUUGCACCGCACAGACGGUUCCCCCGCUGUUGGGAACGUGGAAGCAGGUAGUCUAAAGGGCGGCAAGCCCACGUUCUCCAAUUUGACACAUGACACGGAGACUGGUUCGUGGUUCACUUACACUGGAGUCUAA